AUGUCGACAGCAAAGGGCAGAAGCACCCAUGCAAAAGCCAUUUUAGGCCCUGAACUCUACGCGCAGCUCGAAAAUACGCAUGUCUUGCUUGUGGGUGCAGGUGGAAUCGGGUGUGAGCUCCUGAAAAAUAUUGUUUUGACGGGAUUUGGGAAGAUCACCCUGCUUGACCUUGAUACGAUUGACUUGUCGAACCUCAAUAGACAGUUCCUCUUCAGGAAGAAGGAUGUGAAGCAGAGUAAAGCAAUGAUUGCCGCGCAGACCGCCGCUCCCUUCAACCCCAAUGUCAAGCUUCAUCCCAUCCACGACAACAUCAAGGAACCGCAAUACGAUAUCCCUUGGUUCCAGCAAUUUGACAUUGUUCUCAACGCCCUCGAUAAUUUGGACGCGCGACGGCAUGUGAACCGCAUGUGCUUGGCCGCCGGCGUACCAUUGGUAGAGUCUGGUACUGCAGGCUACCUCGGUCAAGUCCAACCAAUGCUAAAGGACAGAACCGAAUGCUUCGACUGCAUUCCCAAACCGACGCCCAAAACCUUCCCUGUGUGCACUAUCCGCUCAACACCCAGUCAGCCAAUACACUGCAUUGUUUGGAGUAAAUCCUACCUCAUGGGACAACUGUUUGGCGAAGACGAGGAUGCCGGAGGGGAACUUGACGAAGCAGAAAAACAAGGCGAGAAUGCCCAAGAAAUUGCCGCACUACGUAAAGAGGCAACUGCCUUUAAAGCGGUUCGAGAUGCUCUCCGUUCGUCGAAGAGCGAUGAUGUUGCUAAAACUGUGUUCAAGAAGGUUUUCGACUCGGACAUCAGGAACCUUCUAUCCAUGGCGGAUAUGUGGAAGUCUCGGACCCCUCCAACACCGUUGGACUACGAUGGAAUCCUAAGCGGUGAAUUCACCGCAAAGAAGCCAAACGCACCUGCGCCACCUGUCGCCAAUGGCAAUGCUGUUGCGAGCAGCAGCAAGUCCAGUGACACCGCCGCCCCCGCAAAUGGCCAAACCAACGGAAAAUCCACAUCUGGGCUAAAGGAUCAGAGGUCUUUGUCCUUGAAGGAUAAUUUGGAACUUUUCAUUGACAGUACUAAACGCCUCGCGCAUCGACUCCAAAAUGGAGAGGAUACCAUUUCAUUCGACAAGGACGAUGAUGACACGUUGGACUUUGUUACUGCUGCCUCGAAUCUCAGGUCUACUGCGUACGGAAUCGACACCAAGACGCGCUGGGAAGUCAAGGAGAUGGCAGGAAACAUUAUUCCGGCCAUUGCCACCACCAACGCCAUCGUCUCGGGCCUCAUCGUCCUGCAAGCCCUCCACCUUCUCCGAAAGACUUACGACCGAAUGCGCAACGUCCACAUCCAGUUCAAGCCUGAAGUGCCUCUGAGCACUAUCACCCUCAGCCCGCCAAAUCCUCAAUGCGGUGUCUGCCGGGACACCUAUGGACUCCUGCUUUGUGACCCUUCGCGAGCCAAGCUCGGGGAGGUCGUCAAGGGCCUGCUGGGUGACGACGACAGAGAAGUGAGCGUGUUCGAGGACAAGCGGAUGCUCAGUGACCCAGAUUGGGACGACAACUUUGACCGCACUUUGGAAAGCCUAAAUGUCACUAGAGGGAAGUUCCUCGCUAUUGUAGACGAAGAUGGAGAGCUCUCGACAUUAUCCAUUGGACUCGCACCUCUGCCUCCGAACCACCCUGUGGAUGCGCCCCCUUUCAUCUUACCUUCACCGCUCCCUAAGCCAAGCAGGAAACCCAAACCACGGGCGCCUACUCCUGAAACCCCCCACAAGGCCAACGGAAAGCGAACACUGCCUGUGGAGAACGACGACGGUAUCAUCGACCUUGCACCUACCCCCAAGAAGCCCAAGUUCAGUGUUGCCUCCAAUCUCCCGCUCAAGCGCAAGGCGGAGGACGAGCCUAGCCCAAGCAAGAAGCGCAAAUUGGAAGAAGAUGGACUCGUCGUUCUGGACGGCGCAGACGACAAGAUUGAGGAACAAGACUACAUCGUUAUUGACGAUUAAUGGGUUCCCAUUGGCGAGGUGUUUUUUUCUUUCUGAUUCUUCCUAUGUGUAUGCGUUCCCAUUAGACUGCUCGAGUAUGGGAACUAUGCGGACAUUAUGACUGGUACUUCUCAUCAGCAUAUGGUCCUUUAUAGUUUGAUCCAGAACCUCGUGGCUGGUUGUUCUCUCAGGAUGGAAAGGGGGAUGGGAUGGGAUGUGAAGGAGGACAGCUGGGCUUUGGUCGGAUCCUGUCUGAUACCGUCGACGCAACUGAACAUUAUGCUUCGCCUUACUUUUCGUUACUGUAGGUUUUCUUAAUCGCGUAUUCGCCUUCCAG